AUGAGUGAAACUGAACCACCCGUUGAUAAACGUCCAAGUGUGGCUGAAAUCCUCGCACAUAAAUCCUACCCAGAUACAAUAUGGAGACUUACCCCAACGCAGAGUGGAAAGUUGCCGAUUGGAGUUGGUAGAGGAGGUCCGUUCAAGAUAGACUGGGAGGUUCAUGGCAGUGGAGAGACGAAGGUUGUGUGGAUUAUGGGCUUAGGUUCUAACAAGUCAACAUGGCAAAGACAAACCCUGUACUUUGGUCAUGAAAGAGGAGAUAAAUAUUCCUCGUUAGUAUUUGAUAAUCGAGGUAUGGGCGGAUCAGACACCCCCAUCCUACGAUAUUCUACCUCGGAAAUGGCCAAGGAUUGUAUCGAGCUACUCGACCAUUUAGGUUGGACGAAGGACAGACAACUUAACAUCACUGGAGUUAGCAUGGGUGGAAUGAUUGCACAAGAACUGGCAUUGAUGAUACCAAACCGAAUUGCUACUCUCAAUUUACUUUCCACAGCACCUUACAUCGAAAAUACGACUAGCUUCUUCGAAAAUUUGCGCACGAGAGUUAUGAUGUUUGUCCCCAAGCCACUUGAUCGAUCUGUUUUGGAUGCAUCGUUGUCGUUAUUUCCUGCGUCAUGGCUAUCAUUACCAGAUACUACCCAUCUGCCUUCGGAAUCAACCCCCUUGGUUGAAUCACCACCAGGUCAUCCUUUCCCCUAUGCACACUUCUCUACCAAUUACGAGCGUUUUGCUGCUGCUGAAUUAACCAAACGACUCGAUCCUAAAGCUUUCAAAACGUACGGGUUUCUGCUCCAGGCUAUUGCUGCUGGUUGGCACCACAAGAGCCCUGCGCAAUUGAAAGAACUAGGGGACAAAGUGGGAAGAGACAGAAUCGCAGUCAUGCAUGGCACACUUGACCGACUUAUAUCAUUUCCUCAUGGCGAGAAACUGAUGGCAUUUCUUCAACCAGGUAGAGCGGAAAUCCGAGAAGGUGUUGGGCAUGCAAUUCCUAUCCAGGAAGAAGAUUGGUUUCACGAGAAGAUGGUGGCAUUUUUUGAGGAAUUUAAUUGAGAUAAAGAGGAAUAUAGAUUCAAACACAUCUAAAGUACACCAUGUUGUCAAUAAAUAGAUACCUUCAUCAUAGAUCCGCAU